CUUUGAGCCCAAAAAAGGCCCAUAGAUCAUCGAAGGCCUUUGAUAUCUGCGACGGCGAGAUCAGCUUCGUCUUCCUCCAACGCUCGAUUUAGGGAGGAUGGUGGUUUCUCCGGGGCUGCUCUCAACUGUUUCAGGCGUAAUCCGAUUGGCUCCGUCACACCGGAUUCUAAGACGCGAUGGGUUCGGACCCAUUUGCUUCAAGUUUUCUGGGGAUUUGAGUAUCAAUGGGAGAGUCAGUCAUAAACAUGUGCGUGGAAGUGGCACGGUGGGAUCUGUAGGUUCCGCUCGUGAAAGUUGGAGCUCUCAUAAGAAGCUUCCCGAAGAAGAGCCCUUAUGGCUGAGUCUUCUUAGAGACAUGGUCUGGAGCACGAGAUCUCUCUUGUCUUUCAUGGCUGAGCAACCAAGUCAGCUGAAAUACAUAGAGUGGCCAACUUUUGCAAGCACGCUAAAGACUGCUACACUGAGUCUGUGUCUGGUAGCUGUAUUCAUUGUUGCGCUAUCAUCGGUGGAUGCUGCUCUUUGUUACAUAUUGGCGUUGAUCUUGAGGAAAGCCCCAUGAGGAAGGCAACUCCAUUAUCAUUUGUCUCUUGUAGCCUUAUUGAUAGGUGAAUGUUUUUGAUGUAGAUAGAAUGCAGGAGGAUGUACUCAAAAUCAAUGUGUUUCUAAAAGUUGAAUUGAAAUGAAACCUCUCUGGUCUAGUAUCUCUCACACAUUAAGGGAAAUCCAAU